UAAUAGCAUAAUCAACAUCGAUCAUGGUGGGACCCAGUCUGACAAUGCACGUUAUGAUUCAACCCAUCGUCCUCCGCCCUCUACACUAUCCUUCCCCAACACCUAGCCCUCCACCUUCCCUCGUCGACUUCUAAACCCUGGAAAGGUUCUUACAUAAGAAACAACCACUCUCUCCCUCUCUCUCUAAAUGGACGCCGCUCUCCUAGCUGCAGCCGCAUCCGCCGCUGGCAGCGUCCUCUUCCUAAUAAUUAUCUUGGCUUUCAUAGUCUUCGUCUGCAAGUCAACCAAAGACUACGACUAUGGACGCCGCCUCCGCCACCAUCAGACCAGAACCGUAACAAACCCGGAGCUCUCCUCCGUAACAAUGGACGAAAGCGCCUCUUAUGACCCGACUAUAAGCCACAUCUCCAUGGAAGAGCUAAAAGUCUCCACCAAGAACUUCUCCACCGAUUUAAUCAUCGGCGAUGGCAGUUUCGGCUUGGUUUAUAAAGCUACACUCUACAACGGCUCGACGGUUGCUGUUAAAAAGCUUGACCCGGACGCUUUUCAAGGUUUUCGUGAGUUUCGCGCCGAGAUGGAGACUCUAGGUCAGUUACGCCAUGGAAAUAUUGUCAAGAUUCUCGGGUAUUGUGUUUCGGGCCGGGACCGGGUUUUAAUUCUGGAUUUCGUUGAAAGAGGGAGUCUUGACCAGUGGAUUCACGACACAUCAUCGACGGAUAACGAUCACUUUGAUAAGUUCCCAUUACCCUGGGAGACGAGGAUCAAGAUAGUUAUGGGCGUGGCCAAUGGGCUUGCUUAUUUGCAUGGGCUUGAUACUCCCAUUAUUCAUAGGGAUAUUAAGGCUAGUAACGUUUUGUUGGACGCGAGCUUUCAGGCCCAUAUCUCUGAUUUUGGGCUUGCCCGUAGAAUCGAGGCGUUGCGCUCGCAUGUGUCCACGCAGGUUGCGGGGACUUUUGGGUACAUGCCACCGGAGUAUAAAGACGGUUUCAUCGGAGCGACGGUGCAGGCAGACGUUUACAGUUUUGGGAUUUUGAUGUUUGAGAUUGCGACCGCAGAGAGGCCGGAUUUGCCUAAGGUGAUGGAGAAGAAAGAGGUGGGGUUUAUUGAAUGGGUUAAGAAGAUGUUGGGGCAAGAUCGUCAUAUGGAGAUGUUGGAUUGCAAUAUGCCGAAGGAGGGUUUGAGCGGAGAUGAUCAAGUCAAGGAAUAUUUUAGGAUUGCUUCUUUGUGCACAGAGGAGUUUAUGGGAGAUAGGCCCGCCAUGAGUGAAGUUGUGGAUUUGUUGAAAAAACUUUCAUAGGUUCUUCAAGAUUUUACUUCUUGUAUUGGCCAUGUAUGAACAAGUUGAGUUAAAUAAAAUUAAAACGAAAAAAUAUUAGUAAUUUCUUCAAAGAAUAAAA